CAUUUGAGAAGCCUGCGACGCUUAGAGCAGCAUGACAAUGACGCUGUCAAGAAGCGGGCCCUUUCGAGGCAACGGAGAUACAGUACUCCAUCGGCGCUUGGAGCUUCCCUGGCCGCCCGAUGUACACCAGCACUUCUUCAGCCUUUGACCGUACGGAGCAUACUGUUCAGCAUAUUCAUCUAAUAUCCGCCUGCCGUGCUGCUGCCUCAUAAAAGAUUGCCUCGAGGUUUGUGUUGCGCGACCAGAGCGCAAGCCUUCAAGGCUUGGACGAACUGUAGCACGGAACAAGACCUACUUGAUCUGAGCACGCGAGCCUCCCACCAUGUCUACACGAACGGUUAUACCCAUCUUGGUGGGAAUGAUGCUGCUGACUGGCUGCGCCAACACGAUCCUCACAAAAUACCAAGAUCAACAGUGCGUACGAAACUGCUCAGACAAAGAUGUCAACCAUCACAGGACGUUUGAGCAGCCUGUCAUUCAGACCGUACAAAUGUUCAUUGGCGAAAUGGGCUGUUGGAUAGUGAUGCUCGGCUUCUGGCUCUAUCGCUACUUGAUCCUCUCGUCCCGCGGCGAUGCACCACUCCUAUAUCAACCGGUAAAUACGGACGAAACAGAAGAAGAGGAUGAUGGUGACACAGUCCGUCCCAACUCGCGAGGCGCUGCGACGCCUGUCCUGAAGCCUCUCCUACCAAACACCGACGAUCGAAUCCCACUCACCGGAUGGAAGGUAGUCUUGUUGGGACUUCCAGCUUGCUGCGACAUUGCCGGAACCACUCUCAUGAAUGUGGGACUGCUUUUUGUUGCAGCCUCCAUAUACCAGAUGACGAGGGGAGCAUUGGUCAUGUUCGUGGGCCUAUUCAGCGUUUGGUUCCUGAAGCGAAAGCUUUUUCUUUACCAUUGGCUAUCCCUUGUCAUUGUGGUUCUUGGUGUUGCCAUUGUCGGCCUCGCUGGUGCCAUAUAUUCUGGGGACAAGAACACUCCUGCUCCGGGUGAAGAUAACAGCGUGCUUUUGCACGAUGCAUUGCUCAGCAUGCGAGACGUGGUCGCACAAGCAGCCGAGCCAGCAGUUCUUCGAACCGUUCUAGGUAUCUUCCUGAUUGCCUUUGCGCAGAUCUUUACGGCAACACAGUUCUGCCUCGAGGAAUGGAUUCUCGAACAUUACGCUUCGGAACCGUUGAAAGUCGUAGCGUGGGAAGGCUUAUUCGGCUUCACCGUCACUGUUUUGAUACAAAUCAUUCUACACUUCUCGGUUGGUGUCACCAAAAGUGGAAGGCACGGCUACUUUGAUGCCGAAGAGGGGUAUCGACAGGUCUUUACGAACCGGGCAAUUGGACUGUCAAGCCUUGCAAUCAUGGUCUCGAUUGGCGGUUUCAACUUUUUCGGUCUGUCUGUGACACGGACUAUUUCUGCGACUUCUCGGUCAAUCAUUGAUACCUGCCGGACCCUUUUCAUCUGGAUAGUCUCCCUUGGCUUGGGUUGGGAAACGUUCAAAUGGCUGCAAAUUGUGGGAUUUGCCCUGUUGGUAUACGGCACUUUCAUGUUCAACGAUCUUGUGAGGCCGCCUAUCAAAGCUUGUCUACCCAAAAGGCAAGAGUUGGAAGAGCGUGGUGAGCUCUUACCAGAGGAACCAAUCGAACAUAUGUAGUAUGGACCUAAAUAUCCUGGGCGACUCUGAUCGUCUUUUCUUCCCUUGUACCUGCACUCUCCUGUUCGACAUCACUUCUACCGAUGAAAUCGAGCAGCCUUGCUUUGCCC